GAAAUAGAUAGCAAAAUGUAAACAACGCUUAACAUAUUUAAAAUCAACAGUAUGCCAUAAUAUAAAUUUUAAGUAAUGAGAACGACUGAAAAAAAAUUAUUUACAAUCUAUCAAAUGUUUGAUACAAAAUCAAAUAUAUUUCAUAUUAGGUGAUAUGGAUCUAAGUAUAAAAGAUAUAUUUAUAGGGGAAAUAGUAUCUGUUCAAAAUUAUGGGGCAUUCAUUAGAAUACCAGGAAAUAAACAGCAAGGCUUGGUACAUCGUAGUCAAAUAUCUCGAGCUCCUGUUGAUGAUGCCACUGAAGUAUUGUCUAAAGGAGAUAAAGUAUGGGCUAAAGUUAUUGCUAUGGAUGAUGGAAAAAUUUCCUUAUCAAUGAAAUUAGUUGAUCAAGGUAGUGGACGCGAUUUAGACCCAAAUGGAGUUCAAAUGUUCCAAGAUGAGCAGAGAAGAAAAAUUCAGCCAAAUUCCAAAGGCAAACGAACUAUACAUUUAGAUGCUAUUUAUAAUACAAAAUGUGUAAAAUGUGGAACUGGUGGCCAUUUAGCAAAAGAUUGUUUUAAAAAUUCAUCUGGAAAAAUGUAUGAUCUUUUGCCUGAAGAAGAUGAAACUGAUAAUUUACAAAUUGCUCCUAUACCUCUUUCAAAUGUUGAAUUAGUUAAAAAAGAAACUGUGAAAAAAAAGAAAAAGAAAAAGAAAUCUAGUGCAUUAAAAAAGAAAAAAAAGAGGAAAAGACAUUCAUCUACUUCGUCUUCAAAUAGUUCAAAUUCAGAUGGUAGCAUUAAACAAAAGUCAAAGAAGUAUAAAAAAAAGAAACGCGAAUGAAGAUAAUCCAUAUUAGAAUGGUAAUAAAUUUCUUCAAUUUCAAGACAAAAACUGAAUUCUGUAUUAUAUUUAAUCUACAUCAACUGUAUAUUACUUACUGUAAUUUUAUAUUAAAUUUAAUUCAGGUAGAUUAAUAUUGUACAAAGAUUAAACAGUUUUCAAUAUUAUAGUAUAUUUUUUAAAGAAUAAAAUCUAAGUUGAAGAAAUUAUAUUUAUUAUGAAUUUGGAUCAUAAAAUUAUUGUUGUUUAAUGGCUCUAGUAGCAAAACAAACAUACAUUUGUUCAAAAGUAAUUGAAAGGACUUUAUUGACCUAUAUUAUAAUGAACUUAUUGCCUGUGGCAUAUUUUUAUAACUAAUUCUACCAUUAUACCUUCAGAUUUCAUUGAAGCACUGUUUUAAAUUGUUGAUUUAACUUAUAAAUGCAUAUGUACAUAUUUAAUUAGACUUAAAUGAUCUUAUUGUAACAUUUAUAAAUCAAUAAUAAAAAUAAUUUUAGUUGUA